GGCGGUUGGCGUCCAUCACUUUGGAGCAUUAUGUAGGGCUCCAUCUCAUUGGUGGAUCUCGUUGCGUUGCCACUGACAACACACUAGCAGGCUAGGCGGGGUAGUUAGCAGGCUACCGAGGCUCUGGCGAAGCAAAACAGCAUCACGUUGCGCUGUACUAAAUUUCAACGACAGAAAGAAGACUUUCUUUAAGGCGUGACAUGUAAAUAUGACUCAUUUGAGGGAAAGCUGGGGCGAAGGAGGACUGGGCGAUUCUGCAAAUAUGGCAUCGAUCAAGUAAAGGGCCACUAUUGCCGAUCCCGAGAUGCUACAGUUGUUUUCUAUUUAAUUGUUGUUCGUGAUUAUCAUCACAAUAAGACACGACAACAUUUUAUUACAUUUAUCGUCUUUUCUACUACUGUGUUUGACGCGUGUCAUGCCGCUCUCCUGUGGCCAAACGUGCGAACUGCAAGGCAGAUCAUGUUUUUUUAUGUGGUUUAAUUUUUUUCACUUAAACAAUUCUCUUCUUCAAUUGGCUAAAUCAAACAAUUGAAGUUGUUACUAACCCUAACCUUGAUAGAAAGAGAUAAUUUUUCAAAGUAAGAGGACAGCGUAUACAGUGACGUCAUGCACAUGCGACACUCACAUGCCACCACCGGAAGUGUUGUCGUUCCUGGUAUUACUAUCGUUCACGUUGGGGCUCCAACAACUUUUUAACAUUUUCAAACUGGACACACCGAGAACGUCUGGGCAUUUUAAUGUCCAAAUUGUUUAUUACCUCUGAAAUGGCGGAUGGUUCAUCAGGCUGGAGUGAAAAGCAGACGGAUGGAUUUUCAGAGCUGAUGGAACUGCUUAACAUCGACGUGCAGGAGGAGGAACUGCAGGGGACCCCUGAGAGAGACCAAGCACACUGCUCAAAGAAUGUGUUGCGGAAGCAACGACACUGGCAGAGGCAGCUGGCCGCCAAAAAGAGCAGAAGGAAGGAGGAGAAACUGAGAAGGAAGCUCAAUCGGGAGGCUGCGCCCCCUCAGCAGAGCAAGCGGGUCAUGAAGGCCAUCCGCAGAGAGCGUUUAGCUGAGGCUCGUUCCAGCGGCCUCAAAGUGUGUGUUGACCUCAGCAUGACACACUGCAUGUCUGACAAGGAGGUUAGCAGACUGGCGGCUCAGUUACGGAGGCUCUAUGGUUCCAACAAGAAGGCCUUGCACCCCUUCCAUCUGUUCCUGACCGACCUGAGAGAGGACAGCCGCCUCCUCAGCGAGUGUGUUCGCAUGAACGCCGGCUUCCUGGAUUACUCCAUGGAAAUAACACAGCAAAGCUGUCUGGACAUUUUCCCUGCACAAAGUCUUGUGUACCUCUCACCAGACGCUGAACAAGCUUUGGACUGUGUGGAGCGUGACAAGGUGUACGUCCUCGGAGGACUAGUGGAUGAGAGUGUUCAGAAGACGUUGAGCCUCUGCCGGGCCAAAGAAUUGGGUGCCCGCGUGGUUAGGCUCCCCAUCGACGAGUACAUGCAAAAGAAGCACAAUGGCAAGAACUUCCACUCGAAGAUUCUGGCCAUCAAUCAAGUGGUCGACAUCAUGCUGACGUUGUGCGACACGGGCAGCUGGGCACAUGCUCUGAGCAAGUGGUUCCCGCAGGGGAAGGGUUAUGUAGUUGCACCACACUACCAGGACUCUAUUUCUCCUGACCCUCCACAUGCAGUGUCUACUUCCGGAAAAUAAGACUUUUUGACACUGGACUUUACACGACCUCAUUGGUUUCGUAUAAGAAAAUGCAACACUGAAGAAUUGAACUGCCCACGCAACAGGACGCGAGUGAAUGUGGGAUUGGAAUAAUUACAACUCAUGAGCCACAAAAUUUGGUAAAAUGUUUCUGUAAAAAGAGUCCUUUUUUCACGAGUACUUUAAACUUCUGACAGUUGUUUGCAUUACUGCAUGCUAAACGUGUCAUAAUGAGUAUAAUAACAAACCAACUAAGAAAACAGAAAUAAAAUUUACAGGUUUAUUGAUUAAAACACCCAGAAUGCACAUGAAUAAAGGAUAUGGGAUUUACAAUAUGAACUAGGAAAGAUAAAACAUUGAAUAGCAAGAAUAUGUGAAAGUCCCUCCUUGUUUACUUCCCAGAUGACCUCCUCCCGUGUUGCCAACUUGGCAACUUUGUCGCUAAAUCUGGCGACAUUCCAAACCCUUUCUCAAAAGCUACUAGUGACUUUUUCUUGUGUCCUUGGAGAGUUUUUGGAUAUUUGGGGACUUGAAAGUGAGAGGAUGUAUUGAUCUGCAGUUUCUGUUCACACUGAGCAGCAGCGGAUGCUGCUGAGAGGUCCGUCCCGCCCUAAAGCAGUCACAAACUGUCAGUGCACUGUCAGCUCCCGCGGCACACUGAGAGCAUAGUGGAGCUCCACGCAUCCAUGAAUGACGCAUGCGUGAUAUCACUGGGGUGGAUCUCAAGUCUGUUUUAGAGAGCGGGAUUUAAAGAGCUGGAGGUGAGUCCGGAUGUAAUUGUUAACGCUGUCCAGACUUUUGAGAGGCGCUGGCUGAGAUAAAAUAAUUUGGAUUUUGAUGAAGUGAUGGCCAAUUUUAAAUUCGCAAAUCAAGAAACAAGUUUUUUUGAUUCUUCUAAACAUAAUUAAGGUGAUUUUACUCACUUUGUGUCUCCUAGUUGGCUAUGCUUUUUUUCCUACAGCAUCUGUUACAACAUACGCAAGUAAUAUGCAAAUUAGCCUAUGAUGUCAUAAAAAAUAUGGCAAAAAUGCGACAAUACGGCAAAACAUAAAAACAAACGGUAAAAAACACCCAAGUGUCCAAUAAAAUCAGACUUUUUUACAGGACUUUUUCAAAGAAAGCUUGCUUCUCUUCCGCUCUACUCACUGCUCUGUAAACAAACCCCCACUUUGCUUUGUAUCAAAGCGUUUUGAUCCUGUAGCUGCUGUGAUGCAGUCCCUAUGAUUACGAAAUGACUCAAAUAUAACCUGAAAGCUUACAGUCUCUAGCUUCACAAAACAUUGGAAUUAUUUUCAUAGUUCAAGAUUUAUAAGAUCAUUUAAAAAUACUGCAAAUCCUACGGCGUCGGUGGUUAUCGACUUGUCAAGUCCGGUUUUCGGCUUUGUGCUAAGUGCGCGUUCACAUGAAAGGGGGCCUUUUGACGUCAUAUUAUUCUACUUCCGCUGAAAAGUGAAGAGAUCUCAGCCAGUGUAUUUUACAAAAAAUGAGUAGGUAAUUAUUACGGAGCGUUAUGAGGAGUUCCCAAAAGAUUAUGACUGCUCAAAGCAACACUGUUGCCGCCAAUACAGCGAGGGAGCAUGCAGCCUGUGAAUGCGCAAUGAUUAUUAUUAUAAUGAUUACCAUUAAAACUACCCUACUAGUCUUUUCAUUUGUCAAUUUCACAUUUCACAUUUCACAAGUUUGACAUAUUAACACUUACCCAUUUAAAAAAUAAAUACAUUGGAGCAACAGCUUUCCUUUUUGAUUAUAUACAUUGAUUAAAUAUUUUAAUUUGCUGUAUCACGUUGUGACCACUAGAUGGCAGUGUUAUGCGUGGACGUGUUUUGUGGCGACCUUUUUCAUUUCUUACCUUUUUAUAAAAAGACAACUGUUUUAAUGCAGUCGAUUGAAGCCUCAGAGUGUUUAGUCCUCCAGCAAAUGUUGUAUUAUAAGAAGACUAACAUGCUCAGUACUCACGCAAGGACUCCUAUGACAUUUACAUCUGCUAACAUUAAUUGUUAAUAUUUCAUAUUGCAUUUUAUUUCUGGUGCUCGCGUGAGCAUCUCUAGCGUGUUCCCUCGGCUGAAAAUCUUUCUCACACACAGAUAGAUAAUAUCAUCAGGGAAUGCUCUUCUGUUUAUUUUUUUUUCCAUGUCCUUCUACAUAAAGUUAUAAACAAAUGGUGACGCCAUCUCCGAAUUAGUUAAACAGUGAAAGAGUGACGCUUUCAUAACUGAUUUUAAGAUGAAAGCCUGGACACAACCUGGUCAAGACCAGGCUAUGAGCUUAGCCUAAGUUACCAUGGCGAUACAGCUGCUUUAAAAGAGAGCUACCUUCGCUGAACACGCAAGUCCGGCUUUCCGCUCAACACAGCUCGCUAACCCACUCAACUCGCUUCUCAGGAUACCUCCAUAGCUAAAAGUUACUUUUGUUUCUCAGGAUGAUUCAUUGAAUUAAUUAAUGACAAGUCAGUUAUGAUGAUGAUUUAGGCUAUAUUCUGUCAAAUGUA